GAACUAUGGAUGGAAGUGUCUAAAGUUACGAGGCGCCCUGAAGGCACCACGCCAGGCUGCGGACUGAUGAUGUCAGUUUACGGGCCGUAGGAGUUUCUGGAUCACCGUGUGUCGACACAGAGUAGGCCAACUGCUGUCCGUCAGCGGGCAGGCAGCGGCGAAGAGGAGGGGAGGAAAAAGUGUGUUUACACAGACGGCAAACUGCCUGGGGAAUCGUAGGGGAGAGGAAGUCAGCCGGCUCUGUGUCUGCCUGCUCCAACUUCCUGCUCAGAAAAAGAAAAAGCCCAGGAUCCUAUUUCAGCCCAGCACAACCGUGUAGACCAGAAGUAAGCAUGGAAAAACAAGGAAUCACACAAGCUUCACCGUAAAGUUUCGCAGAGGGAAAAACCGACUCGGAGAUCGCAGGUAUGGACAGUGCCAUCACUCUGUGGCAGUUCCUGCUCCAGCUGCUGCUUGACCAGAGUCACAAGCACCUGAUAUGUUGGACGUCCACAGACGGCGAGUUUAAGCUCCUGAAGUCAGAGGAAGUGGCCAAGCUGUGGGGGCUACGCAAGAACAAGACCAACAUGAACUACGACAAGCUGAGCAGAGCGCUGCGCUACUACUACGACAAGAACAUCAUCAAGAAGGUGAUUGGCCAGAAGUUUGUUUAUAAGUUUGUGUCCUUCCCUGAGAUCUUGAAAAUGGACCUACAGGCAGUGGAAAUGGGCCUGUCUUCUGGUAGGCUACCCCUCCAGGAAGGAGAGGCCCCUGAGCUGGAGGUAGAGGAGGAUGAGGAGGAGGAAGAGGAAGGGGAGGAGGAGGCCCAGAAGAGAACCCUGGCAGCCCUGGGGGCGCAGCACUGUCGGAACGACUACCUCCGCUCAGGUUUCUACUCCUCCUUCAGCAUCAGCUCCCUCCAGAACCAGCCCGAGCUGCUUCGUGCCCUCCGUGAACAGCAGGAGGAGCCGCGCUCCGUCAUCCGCUUUGGCGCCAAUGAGAGGAGCUCCCUUCCAUCUGCCAAGCCUGAGUCUUACAUCUCCCCCAGGCCAUCUAAACUCCCCUCCCACUCCCACUCCCCUUCCUCCCCCCACACCCAGCCUGGCCAAAGCUGGAGCCCUGCUGUCAAAGAGGAGGAGGAGGACUCUGACCAGAGUGCUCAGCCCCUCAACCUCUCCUCGGGGCACAGAGAGCGAGCCCUGCAGCCUCCUGGGAAGAGGAGCAGCAGCAGCAGUAGCAGUGGUAGAAGCAGUUCUAGUAGUAGUAGUAGUAACCAAGGAGAUGGACUCCCACCAAAAAACAAAAAGCCCAAAGCUCUGGAGAUCUCCGCCCCAUCCCUGCUGCUGACGGGGAGCGACAUCGGCUCCAUCGCCCUCAGCAGCCCCGCACUGCCCUCUGGCUCCCUCACUCCUGCCUUCUUCACUGCACAGACUCCCUCUGGUUUGCUGCUGGCUCACAGUCCGCUGUUAUCAGGCAUCCACUUCUGGAGCAGCUUGAGCCCUGUUGCUCCGCUCAGCCCCGCCCGGCUGCAGGGCCGCAGCUCAAUCUUCCAGUUCCCCAGCCUAAUCAACGGACACAUGCCCAUCCAUCUGCCAAACCUGGAAGGAACACCCUCCUCCCUUCUCCUGUCCCCCACCACCCACAAAUCCUGAUCCAAGGUCUGUGAUAAACCUC